GUCUUGAAAUGUCGGUCGACUUGCAGUGCCAGCGCGCUUCACAUUUUUCCUAUACGUCAUACAGCGGCUGUCAACCUGAUAUGGAUGUCCGUCGCUCGAUGUGGGUCUGACGUCAGUCACCAGCGAUGCUGCGCGAUCCGAAACGGUGAGACGGGUGGGCGGAACAGGGGUACGAGCUUGUAAUGGCGGCUGCUGGCGUCCUUGCUUUUGGAGCUACAGAGGAACCCAGGCCGUUGCGAGUAAUCUUGUUUUCGGAGUGGAGUCUGCAGGUGCUAGGUCGUGGCGUGCGUGGGUGUGUGGUAACCUCCGCCCUCUCUUGCUUGACCUUGGCUGGACUUUACAUCUUGCUCGUUGUUGCUUUCGUACACCUCAGCUCAGCGCAAUUCCCCCUUCUUCUCCGACAACAACACUCUUGAGCCGGAUAUAUCUCCCACCACAACCCAAAGCCUUGCAUGAUAGCAAGGAUACCCGACGACAUGGCAGACAAAGACGGCUCCGACUAUGAGAACCAGCCGCACGAGCGGUCGACGAUGCAGCAGGAGAAGGCUGUGAACAAGGCGAAGAAGGACAAGCGCGAACAAGGCCUCCAAUCCGCACGAUCGCGCUCCUCAUCGCGCCGCGCCCGCCGCCAACGCAUUGAAGAAGACAAGAAGAAUGGAAAAUACAUGCACACAACCUCUCUCGAGGCCCUCGAGGAAGCCGACGCAAACGGCGAUCUCCAAAAGAUGGGCAUGUUCGAGCGUAUCGGCCCGGACAGCACAUCCAUGGACGGUCCCGUCACAUAUGCGCGCGCAAUGCGAGGCGAGAUCCCACUGCGCAGCACCCACCCCGACGAGCCGUAUCGCAUGGAGCCACAACAAAAGGGCAGCGAGUUGAAAGACCAGGAUGGAUUGAAGUUGACACUGGAGGCGAAUUUGGAAAUUGAGAUUGAACUCAAAGCGAGUAUUCGUGGUGAUUUGACGUUGAGCUUGUAUGCUUGAUCCAUGUCGCAUUCCUCCUUCCACGACGUUACGAACCCACCCCGACCCGGCACCUACCGCGACAACGGGAAGCGUAUGUGGAGGAUACUAUUGGAGCGUUCCGGAGUUCUUUUUUGG